GUUCCAAUGGUCCUGUGAAGAAGUCCAUGCGUGAGAAGGCUGUUGAGAGAAGGAAUGUCAAUAAAGAGCACAACAGUAACUUUAAAGCCGGCUAUAUUCCAAUCGAUGAAGAUCGCCUCCAUAAAACAGGACUGAGAGGGAGAAAGGGCAAUUUAGCCAUCUGUGUGAUUAUCCUCCUGUUUAUCCUGGCCGUCAUCAAUUUAAUUAUAACACUUGUUAUCUGGGCCGUGAUUCGCAUCGGACCAAAUGGCUGUGAUAGCAUGGAGUUUCAUGAAAGUGGUCUGCUUCGAUUUAAACAAGUAUCUGACAUGGGAGUUAUACAUCCUCUCUAUAAGAGCACAGUAGGAGGAAGACGAAACGAAAAUUUAGUCAUCACUGGCAACAACCAGCCUAUUGUUUUUCAGCAAGGGACAACAAAGCUCAGUGUAGAAAAGAACAAAACUUCUAUCACAAGCGACAUUGGCAUGCAGUUUUUCGACCCAAGGACUCAAAAUAUCUUAUUCAGCACAGACUAUGAAACUCAUGAGUUUCAUUUGCCAAGUGGAGUGAAAAGUCUGAAUGUUCAAAAAGCAUCUACUGAACGGAUUACCAGCAAUGCUACUAGUGACUUAAAUAUAAAAGUUGAUGGGCGUGCUAUUGUCCGUGGAAAUGAAGGAGUGUUCAUUAUGGGCAAAACCAUUGAAUUCCACAUGGGUGGUAAUAUGGAAUUAAAGGCUGAAAACAGCAUCAUCCUGAAUGGAACUGUGAUGGUCAACACGACUCGCCUCCCAAGUUCCUCCAGCGGAGACCAGUUUGGUGGUGAUGACUGGGUGCGUUACAAACUCUGUAUGUGUGCCGACGGAACACUCUUCAGAGUGCAGGUGACAGGCAUUAUGAAAAACCCGUGUUUCCGAGUGAUUGCCAUGGUUAUAGGUCUUUAUUUUACUGGCACAAUGACAAACCCAUCAAGAAAAAGCAGUAUUUUAUUCAGUUCCAAGUGCCAAUGGAAUGGAUAUCUUACAACAAAUUGUUCUUUUGCUCGAAAGCAUGAAAUACCCGUGGACAUAUCACAGAUAGCACCCACGGUGGAUGAAAAUUCCAAUUUCUUUACGGUUCUCUUACAAACUCACAUGAAAAAAGAAGAAUGGAACAUAAAACACCUGGACCUUAGUAACAAUCUCAUAUCAAAAAUAACCUUAAGCUCUCUUGAACAUUUUCAUGCUUUGGAAAUAUUAAACCUCAGCAACAACGCCAUUCACUCAGUAUUAUUGGAUCUACCCAGUUUUAAGUCCUCAUGGGUGAAACGCCACAGAGGCAGCUUGAGAAAUCGGCUUCCAUUUCUAAAGUUGCUUACUCUUCAACGAAAUAAACUCAGCAACAUUCCCAAGGGACUAUGGAAACUGAAGUCAUUACAGAGUUUGGAUCUGUCAUUCAACAGGAUAUCACAGAUUGAUUUGUCUGAUUUUCAUGACUGCCUGCAACUGGAAAACCUCCAUUUAAAGAGCAACAGGAUAUUCAGAAUUCAUCCAGAAGCCUUCAAGGACCUAAAAAAAUUACAGAUGGUAGACCUCAGCAACAACGCAAUGACAGCCAUCCUGCCAGUAGUAGUCAUGGCCCUAGAACUUCCCCACCUGGAGGCUGACCUGGCUGAUAACCCGUGGCAGUGUGACUACAGCCUGGCAGUCUUCCAAAAUGUUAUUUCUGAGUCCUGGAGGAAAAGGUGGAAUGCUGUUUGCAGCGAGUCCUUAGGGAAGGAGGAUGCACACGGGUGGACCCUCACAAGCAGAGUGUCCAGAGAGACUCACCUUCCUCAUGCUGACCUGAGUCAUAUGAAAACCAUCACAGGGAGCAGAGCUGAGAGGGCCCCGGAAGUGCGCUAUUCCAUGCUGGAGAAGGACACUGCAGGCUCCGAUGUUGGUGACAGGCCGAGACAGCUGCUAAAACGGGUUAGGAGGGCCGAGGAUGUGCACACUGCUGGCAGAAAGGAAGCCUCUUCCCAGGACCUGGUCCUGGCCGUCUGCCUGUCGGUGUUCAUCACGUUCUUCGUGGCUUUCUGCCUGGGGGCUUUUGCGAGGCCUUAUGUGGACAGACUGUGGCAACAGAGAUGCCGGAAAAAAAGUCCAGGUUCAGCGUCAGGGAAUGUGUAUUCAAACCAGGCCUUCUACGAUGAAAUCGAAGGUGCGGUAAACCUACAGCAGCCGAGGAUGGGUCUGCGCCAAACUGUCCACCAUCUAAACCUCUAUGAGAACCAGGCCCCAAGUGCCGCUGUGGUUCCUGCAAGAACAGUGGCACCGAGCAGAAGGGAGGCUGGUGGCCGGCAGGACAGGGAACAACGCGGGGUCCCCACUGGGGCAGAAAGUGGGAUGGAUAAGGUGCCCCCAAAUCACAGUGCAGCCUGGCGCGUUCUCUAUGGACUGCCAAACACCCAUGAUACCCAACUCACAUCGGCGGGAUGGGACCACAUCUACAGGAAUGAUGUUCCUGGAGAAGGCAGCUACGACACUGUGGCCAGGCAAGUUUCCCUCGGUGAGCGUUCAGUGGGCAUCCCUGCAGUGUCUGCCGGAAUACAGACCAGCCCUGGCACAGACCGUAAGGAUUCCAAUGAACUAGGCCCACCCCGCCCCGAGGAAACGACAGCGCCUCUCUGCCAAAGGCCAGCUCGCACACAGGCGCUGAGCCCUGGGGCAGAGAGCAGAGGGGCUCCCCCACACUUCCCUUCAGAGUUUUCUAAGGAGAACGGGCAGAGCCCACAGCAGCAGAGCCUCCAGGGUGCCGGUGCCGAGGGACAACCUCCUGCCCACUAUCCCGCCCACUACGAAGCGGCCGCACUCAGUGACUCGGGAGACCCGUCCCCACUCGGCGUCCCUCCAGGAUGCGGCGGCGACCUGCCAGUGACUCCAGCUUACCAGGAGCCCACGCAGAAGCACACUCCUGACGCUCAGUAUGAGGUGGACUCUGACUCCGAUUCUGAGGAAGGGUCUUUAUUUACUCUGAGUUCAACAAGUUCAGAAGACUGGAGAAAUGUGGCGGAAGAGGAGGCACGUGGGGAGCAGAGCUGGAGAGCCGGGGAGCCCCCUGGGGACCAGGUCUCCUGUGAGAGGAGGGACAGUGUCAGGCCAUUAGAGAGUGCUGAGAACAUCGCCUUCCAGAAGACUCUGAGGAAAUGUGAAAAUCAGGAAGAUCAUUUUGGGAAAACUGGCAUUUCUGACCCAGACUCUCAUUUGUGCGAGACUCAUCUGGAAGGUGCCUUUAACGUCAACAAAUAUGAGGAUUCCUUGCCCCAGUCAUCAGGCAGCAGUCCGAGCAGUGAGGAGGUCCCAAGCAUGUCCAUUUACAAUUACAUCUCAGCUCUUCAACCCAGCGCAGUGGAAUGGCAGUACUCACUUAGAGACUUGGAGUUUGCAGACAUGGAUGCUUUACCACAAACACCACCGUGCUCUGCCAGAGUUUCCUCAGAUCCUGACAGGUGUCUGUCGUGAAGGAGACGCAGAUGUUUGUAAAGAACUUUAUGUUCAAGGAAUAGACACAGCUCAAAACAGUAUUUCUUCCAAGGUCACUGCAGGGCAGAACUUGAGAACCUCACAACAAGAUUUUGAAGAGGACAACAAGAAUGGACACUGACGCAAAUGAGGGGUGUGUAUAUCCUCUUGGGGACAAUGAUUCCAGAAAGGUUAUAAGUGAAACACCAUUUGUGAAGGGGGUAGGGGGCCUUUGGAAGAUGGUUUCAAGAGCCAGGUACCACUAUUACAAGUGCUUCCAGAUAAAGCCAGCUCACUGAGCACAUAGGAGCACUUCAGUGAUAAAGACUGGGGUCAGCACUCAAAGCUGAAUCAAUGAACUAGAUUCUCUAAAUUCUUCUCUAUGUUUAGUUAAUUCUAAUAUAAAACUGCCAUUCACACGACAUGGGUCAUUUAGGUAGGGAAGCAUUGAGAUACCUAAACAUCAAAGGUUCCAAUUAAAUUUUACACUAAAAUUUAACACUGAUGGUAUUGCAGUUAGAAAAAAGGUGAUUCCAAUUUUUAUACUCAAAUGCAGACCCAGAGAAACAUGAUGGGAGUUAGCUGUCCAUGUGAGGACCAGAUCUGCUAGGACAAACACAAGGAUGUUCAACCUGAAAAUCAAAGGGGAUUCAAAUAACAUUUUUAGUGCAUAUUGAAGCACUUAGAUGGAGCUCCUGAGGAGAUUUUAAUGAAUUUUGCACAAAGAACAGCAUAGCUUUUUGGAGUUUGAUUAGAAAACUACAAAACCGGAGGGAUUCAGAGAAAUUCUAAAUAUUUGUUUAAAAAAUGUUAAUGGAGACUCCAUUUUGUAGAACAAAGUGUAAAUUAAAAGUUAAUUUUCAGGAAGAACAUUUAUGUUUCUUGUAAAAGAAAAAGAUACUCCACCAUUCUGUUUGCCUGGUAAAUAUCUAUGCUGUUGUCAUUUUUGGCUAUGUCUGGCUUGGUCCCAGACCCUCUUGUCUUCUCUGUUUCCUUUCCCUGAGUGAGCUGUUACUUGUCGUGGCUUUUAAUUGUUAUUUUCUGCUUCUGUAACUCCAGCUCUGAAAGCUUUCUGGAACUUUAAACUCAUAUCCAUCUGCCUGUUGGAUAUCCUCAUAGGCAGUUCAGUCUAAGCAUGUCCAAAGUAAAACACAGUAGCAGCCCCUAAUCCUCUCCAUCACCACCCCCAGUCUAAUCCUCCAUUUCACUAUCUGCCCCAUUGCUCCAUCCAGGAACCUGGGGGUCUUCCUCUCCUUGCUGCCCACAUCUAAUUAUUUUCAUUGAGUACAAUCACUUCUAGCCCCUCGAUAUCUGUCGAGUCUGUUCUACCCUCUCUGUCCACACAGCCCCAGCUCCAGUGCUCACCUUGACACUGCCCCCAGGUCUGUGAUGACAGCACACCGGCUGGUUUCUUUAGCACUGGUCCGCUGCGCCUUUAUCGUUCCCACACUGCGGCCAGGGAGAGGCUCCUGAAACCCAAGAGUGAUCACAUGCCUCCCAUUCUUUGUGGAUGCAGUCUUUUCUGUUUUGUUUUUUUUCUUUUUUAAUAGCACCGCAUAACUCCCUGUCUCCAGACCUUUGUCCACAUCACAUCUGCCUGCAAUGUUCUUUCCAACCCCACCCAACAACCUCACCACCAAAUAAACCCCCCUUUAAGCUCAAUAGUCCCUACUUGAGUCUCAGCCUUAACUGUCACUUCCUCAUGGAAGCCUUCCUGGACCCCUAGACUCAUUUGGAUUUUCCUGUUGCAAACUCUCAUCACACAAGCAUUGUCCUUCACAAGGAGAGCUUAUUGCAAGUAGUUGAAUAAUUAUUUGUGUGAUGGUUGAUUUACUGUCUGUCUGCCUCUUCUAUACUCUUAUCUCCACAAGAACAACAAUGUGUCUUGUCUCCUAAAGGUAUGACAUUUAAUAGGUUCUCGAUAUAUGGAUUUAUUAAAUAAAUCAAUGAAAAUGAACUCUUUAGUAUUGAUCUGGCCUCACUUUCCAUCCGACUUUUCAUGUGGUAUUUAUCUCACUGUGCAAUACCUCACUCUGAAAUCCACAGUUACAGACACACCAGACUAUGUCACCCUUGCCCACUCUGCUCCCCACAUUUAGGGGAACAUCUGGCCUUUCUGCUAAGUCCACCUCCUCUGCCUGGAAGAUGUCUCUGCUGUUUUUGAGACACUGUUUAAGGUCACCUCCCUCAAGAGCCUUUCUCGGCUCAUUCCACCCAAGUAGAAUGGACCACUUUCUUCCUCCCUCCAGCCCCUGCUAUAGUGCUGUGUGCUCUGGUGAAAACAAGGCUUCACAUGGCUUGACUGAGAUCUACUGAAGACUCUUCUAUGGGCUGGAUGAAGUUCAUUACCAGCAUAGGGUCUGUGAAGCUGAAAAUCAUCUCAGAGUUUGCAGUUACUUUAUAAAGUGAAAAAUUACUUUCUAUUUCAGCAGCAUUGAAGAAAAACAGUAUAUAUGGCCUUGACUAUUUUUGUUUGUUUUUGUUCACACCUCCCAAAAAAAAAAGCUUCUGGUAAUGCAGCAUAAACAUUACAGGCAUUGCAGUUAAGUAGGUCUGUAUCUCAGCAAGUGCUCAUAAAAAAAUUUUUUAAACCCCUCUCAAUAUGCCUGCUUGGACAGAGGAGCCUGGAAGGCUACGGUCCCACAGGGUCACAAAUGAGCAACUAACAAACAAUACACACAAGCUUGGCUAACGCGCUUGAUGUGAGUGAGAUUUGAGGCCUGCUACUUCCAGACUUCCAAAAUGUUUCACCUUUGGGGUCUGCCCCCAAAUUGACUCAAACUUCAGAAUUCCUAAGUUCCUUAGAUACCCUUUACCCUAGUUUCACUUAUUCCAAUUAUGCCUCUAGUUCUAUUAUGUCACAAAUGACCUUUCAAACAUCUCACUUUUCAUUAAGAUAACAUUUUUUAAUUUCUUUAGCAGAGUAACUCAAAUUUUUAUCAGCUUAACAAUUCCAUGAUAUUUUCAUCUAAGAAAACAUUGGGAAAACCCCUGGCAUAAUUAACCUUUACAUGUUUCUAAGACUACGAAACACAUCUUGGACACAUGGCUGUACAAACAACAUAUGAAACAUUAAAAUGCUUUUCUUAAAAAAGCAACUAGUGCCACACUUACUUGUCUUUUUGGUGUUAUUUCAGGUUCAGUAGAGUCAUUUUGGUUCAAGUUGACAAAAAUUUCCCCCACCCCUCUAGAAUGGUUCAAGAUGUAAGUCCUCAGGCCUCUCCCCUCUGUCCUUGGGAAGAUUCAUCCUGCUCCUUCAGUGGUCAUGCAGGGCGAAGCAGAAAACAAAGGAGUAACCGCUGGACCCACCAAACAGCAGGUAGAUAUAAGCUAAGAGACAUUGCUGUAUUUCCAGUUCGUUUGAAAGACAAAAUCCAUUCGACUCAAGGCUACAUGUUUUUCAGACCCAAGGGAGAUGGAAGUGAGAGGGGGAGAAGGAGUUCCUUUUGUCUAUGAGUUUCACUAGAACUAGAUUACUAUGUCAUCAAAUAAAAAGUGGCCGGCCACAGACUUAAAACA